AUGUCCAAGGCAGCACGGAUUUCUAUCAGCACCGACAAGGCUCCCCAGCCUCCGCCUUUUCUCUCACAAGGAAUCGUGGUCGGCGACGUCGUCUACUGUUCGGGACAGGUGGGGGUGAAUCCGGCCACGGGGAAGAUGGUUGAGGGAUCAAUCCAAAACCGAACGAAACAAGUGCUCCAGAACCUGGGAGCCGUCCUUGAAGCCGGUGGAUCCAGUCUUCAGGAUGCGGUGAAAGUGAACAUUUUCCUGGCAGAUAUGGGAGAUUUUGGUGCGGUGAACGAGGUUUACAAUUCUUUCUUCGCUGAUCCUAAACCGGCACGUACGUGUGUGGCGGUCAAGACACUGCCUCUUGGAACGGAUGUCGAGAUUGAGUGUUCCGGUUUUGUCACUCGCCCUGGUCGGGCCUCUCGGCUGUAG